GAUCUUUGCAAUUUUUCAGGACCUGGGAAGCCAUCAUGGCUGAACAAGUAGAAAGGGCAUUUUUAAAGCAACCGACUGUUAAUCUGAACAACAAAGCUCGUAUAUUAGCGGGUAACAAAAAGGUCCCACGAUAUGUUCGUAACAUCGGCCUCGGAUUUAAGACACCUAGAGAGGCUAGCGAAGGCACGUAUAUAGAUAAGAAGUGCCCAUGGACAGGAAACUGCUCAAUUCGUGGCAAUAUCCUUACCGGAGUUGUACUCAAGAAUAAAAUGACGAGGACGAUAGUUGUUCGUCGUGAUUACUUGCAUUUCGUCAAAAAGUACCGUCGUUUUGAAAAGCGACACAAGAAUGUUCCGGCUCAUUGCUCACCAGCUUUCCGUGAUAUCGCACCUGGAGACAUAGUCACCAUCGGAGAAUGCCGUCCUCUUUCAAAGACUGUUCGAUUUAAUGUCUUGAAAGUGAACAAGGCUGGAUCAACAAAGAAAGGUUUUGCCAAGUUCUAAAUCAUUAAAUCGCUGCCCUUGUUUGUUGUUGAU